GAGCCAGGGCGGGCGCGAGUGCGCGCGCGCUCCCCGCGUGCAGCGCCGCAGCCAAUCCCGGGCGCCGCGGGAGCGCGAGACACCACCCACCUGCCCCCCCCCCCCAGCCCGUUGCCACGGCGGAGCCGGGACUCGUCGGGGCGGGAGGCGGCCAUGAGCGGAGCGCUGGACGUGCUGUGGGAGGACAGGGAUGUCCGCUUCGACAUUUCCCCGCAACAAAUGAAAAUGAGACCUGGAGAGGUCCUUAUAGACUGCUUAGAGUCUGUUGAAGAUACCAAAGGAAACAAUGGAGACAGAGGGAGACUGCUUGUGACAAAUUUGCGGAUCAUUUGGCGCUCACUGUCAUUGCCCAGAGUCAAUCUCUCUGUCGGUUACAACUGUGUUAUAAAUAUAACUACAAGAACUGCCAACUCUAAAUUGCGAGGGCAGACAGAAGCCCUGUAUAUACUGACUAAAUGUAACAAUACUCGCUUUGAGUUCAUAUUUACCAAUAUUGUUCCUGGAAGUCCCAGACUCUUCACUUCAGUUAUUGCUGUGCACAGAGCUUAUGAAACUUCCAAAAUGUAUCGUGAUCUGAAACUGAGAAGUGCAUUGAUUCAAAACAAGCAACUGAGAUUGUUACCACAAGAACAAAUCUAUGAUAAAGUCAAUGGAGUUUGGAAUUUAUCAAGUGACCAGGGAAAUUUGGGAACAUUUUUUAUUACUAAUGUGAGAAUAGUUUGGCAUGCAAAUAUGAAUGACAGCUUUAAUGUCAGCAUACCAUAUCUACAAAUUCGUUCAAUAAAAAUGAGAGACUCAAAGUUUGGCUUGGCACUUGUGAUAGAGAGUUCUCAGCAGAGUGGAGGAUAUGUACUUGGUUUUAAAAUAGAUCCUGUAGAGAAACUACAGGAGGCAGUGAAAGAGAUUAAUUCACUUCACAAAGUGUAUUCAGCUAAUCCUAUAUUUGGAGUGGAUUAUGAAAUGGAAGAAAAGCCUCAAUCCCUUGAAGACCUAACAGUGGAGCAGGUUCCAGAUGACGUGGAAAUAGAAGCUGAUGAACAUACAGAUGCUUUUGUGGCUUACUUUGCUGAUGAAAACAAGCAACAUGAUCGGGAGCCUGUUUUUUCAGAAGAACUGGGGCUUGCAAUAGAGAAGCUGAAGGAUGGAUUCACACUCCAGGGACUCUGGGAAGUAAUGACCUAAUUCGGAUUGGUACAUGUUUGUAUCCUAAGCAGGGAAAAACUCUCCGCUCUUGUUGGAUUUCGAUCUGUAGAAGAUAAUUUAGAAAGAUCGGAGUAGCAGAGAAAGAACACGCCAACGCUAAAGAGCUGGCAAAUAUUAUAUGAUAAGCCCUCAGGCUAUGUCAUAAAAGAAAGAUUAUUCAGAAACCUUGUAGCUUUAGAGCUGUGCCAUUGUGGUGGUGCGUGUGGAAGCAGUGGCCGGAGAGCCACUGGGAGAAGGACGGGGCGGGGCUCUGCGUCCUGCCGGCUCUCUCUGCCUGUCACACGGGCAGCACCUGGCACUCCCUCCACUUGACACACUUGUAACCUCCGCUGUUCUCAGGGCUGUCCUUUCUCCCUCCCCUGACAACACGAAUUCGGCCAUGGUGUUUCAGGCACCAUUUUAUGGCAGGCAGCCACCUUUUUUUUUUUUUUUUUAUAACUUUAUGGCUUCUGUGUUUAUGUAUUGCCCUUGGGCUGCCAGGACCAGGCACUGCUUGCCAUUUUACACAGCACUAUGUCAGAAAAGGAAGCUUCCUCUUUUUCUGCACAUGGAGACCACUGUCUGAGGCAAGGCAGUGUGAGGUAUGCAGUUUGAUGCUCAAUUUCAAGUAUUCAUAUACAGAGUGAUGUACUUUCCCAUAAUGACUAUGUUUGAAUUAAAUUUCCAUAACUUGUGUAAUGAUUUGCAACACAGAAAUACCAUCAUACAUAGAACAUUUUGUAUGUAGGCAUAUUGGCUGUGUUAUUGAUAGCUUUAAGAAAAAGCAAUUCUGUUCCAAAUAAUAGCUUUCAUAUCUCACAAUUUUGUUAAAUGUUCAGCAUGUGUUAUUCCAAGUAUUUAAUUGUAAUCCAGAUAUCCCAAUACAGUUGUUUGUUUGUUUGUUUGUUUGUUUUUGCUAGGGCACUUUUUCAAGCAAUGAUCUAGAAAACAGGGCACAUGCAAACAGCUUCUGUGUAUGAGUCAUUAGACCUUUUAUGAUGUUAUGUGUUACAGAGAAAUGAGUCAUUUAUUGUUUAAAGGAAGACACAGCUGUUACGUUUUCUAAUGAGAUAAAACCUCUGUGCUGUUUUCUAUAAAUGGAAAAAGUCAAAUGAGCUUUCCUCUCAGCUGUUGUUUCAGCAGCUGACUGUUAAAGUAACUGUGGUGUGAAUGUAAUACUGGUAUUUGUAGGAAAUCUUUCAAAGUAUAUAUUUUAAUUAAAUACUACCUAUACUGAAAAGCAGUCAUUACUUCAAUAAACUUUGAUAAUAUUAUAUAUUG